AUGGGGGAUCUGGGGAGGGAGAGAAAUAGCAGCAGAGGAGAUGAGGAGGAGAGCAUCAGGAGGAGACAUCAGCGAGAGUCAGGGCAGAGCAGGACUGCAGUGGGGAAACCCUCGCGCAGCAUGGAGAAGACUUCAGCCAAACCAAAGCCAACCCUAUCACCAUGGGAGAAAAAGCCCACAAAUGUUCCGAAUAGGAGCCACACGGGGGAGCGACCCUACAUGUGUGCCCAGUGCAGGAAGAGCUUCUGUCAGAGCAUGACCCUAAUCAAGCAUAGCAGGACCCACACGGGCCAGAGGCCCUAUGGGUGUGGUGAGUGCGGGAAGAGCUUUGCUCAGACCUCCAACCUCCUGGAGCACCAGAGGAUCCACACGGGCGUGAAACCCUACAACUGCCCGAACUGCGGGAGAGUGUUCUGCCACAGCUCCUCACUGGCAGACCAUCGGAGGGUCCAUACUGGUGAGCGACCUUACAAAUGUGUCAUCUGCGAGAAGAGCUUCAGCCAGAGGUCCAACCACAUCCAGCAUAAGCAGUCCCACACAGGGGAGUGA